AGAAGAAAGAGGACAUUGAGUGAGAGCGCAAACAAAACAUCAAAAAUCUCUCACCCAGAGAUAAAGAACUGGGACAAGUGGCCCCUGAAGUAAGAGGAAAGGCAGCGGGCGGCAGAAUCAGGUCAUAUGGGACGCUACCACAGCACUUUAUUUCUCAACUCGCGCUGUGCUGCCCAAACGUCAGCCCAUAAUCUGACAAUGGACGGGAGCAAUUUCCCCAGGGAGCUGAUAUCAAUCAGACGCUGUUGAAAGGAUGCCUUCUCGGUCAUCUGCACUGGCAAGUCAUCAGCCGGGGAAAGAUGGAGCAAUUGAUUCGACACAUCGUUGACUCUCAUUGCAUUCUGGCCUUUAUAACUCAUAUGGGCCAGCUUAAAAGUGUCUGCUUGCUUUUGAGAGCCACGCAUCCUCACUCCUAUCAGUGGAAAUGAAAAAAGAGGGGGGAGGGGGUUAAAUACACCCUUUGUUACAAUAAAAAGGCCCUUAUCCUGCGUGGUAUCUGAUAAUAACUCCUUGGCGCUGAAGUUAAUCUAAUUCCCAUUUGGAUAGUUAACAGUACUUUCUACGCAGCUGUAAAUCUGUAGAAUAAAUCACUUAGAUGCAUUGCAAUGAGCAUUGGGGCAUUACUCAAAACAUUUAUUUAGUAGUUAACUAUAUUAACUUGACCAAUGAGCUACACAAUGCAAUGCAAGAGACUGUGUCUGUGUAACGUAUGCAGCGAGCAGUAACUUGCAAGUCACAUUCUUGAUUAAGUCUUGGAAUGUACUGAAACAGGUUCAAAGACGACAUUUAGGGAAUAAUCUACAGCUUACUAAAAUGAGAACAUUCAACACCCUUUUCAGAUUUGUCCAGUAAAUAUGAAUCUCUAGCCAGGACAUGGUUAGCUUAGCAUAAAACUGUACAUAGGGGAAGACAUCUCUGUCUAAAGGUUACAAAAUAUCAUCUCUAAAGCUCACUCAUUAACUUUACAUCUUGUUUGAUUAAUCUGAGCCAAUAAUAUAAGUCAAAUCAAAAAACUGUAGUUUUAAAGGAGAUUUGUUUGCUGGAUUUUAUGCUAGGUUAAGCUAAACUAACCGUCUCGUGGCUGUUGCUCCACAUUUAUCAUUUAACAUCCAUCUCCUCUAAGCCUCAGCUAAUUGUCUUGCUGUUAUCAAUAAUCUUUUCAAUAGCAAUGUAGGCUACUAAAUUACAAUUUAAAACAGCUGACAGACUUAAGGUUCGCUUAAUGAACUGCUAGCUGCUCUGGCAACAGUGUUGUUCUUCUCGUGUGACAGGAUGUUGUUUCCCUGCAGCGCUGCUUUGUUCGAUUACACACCAGACAACUGAUCAAAGCAGCAAAUGUGAGCCAGCUCCGUCUUGACCUGAGAAUAAGACCGGCCUUCCUCUCCCCGGUGCCUGACUUCCUCGAGCCUCCAGCAGAGGGAUUAUCAGGUGCCUAAUGACAUGGUGGGGGCCAGAGGAAGGUCAGUUCCCCAGCCCUAGGCUGCUGAUGAGUGGGCAGACUGUACAAGAUGGGAACAAAAUGUGUCUGCACUUGAUAAUGCUCCCAUGAACAUUUAAGUGAGGUAACAUUUUGAGUGUCUAGCUUUUCUUCAGACUCGGAGCGCAAUUGUUUUUCCUGUAUUUUGCAUGCUUUUCUUUCCAGCCCUUAGUAUUUAUCGUCUGGAUGUGCAACGCUUUUGCGAAAACUUUUCCGGGCAGACUUUAUGUCCUCGCUGGCCUCAGUUUGGAGGUGGAAGGAAGCCACAGAUGAGAUUAAUUACAGUCUGGUUCCAGCCGCAAACAUGAACAACACCGAAUGAGGAUUUAACUACCUUCCAAUGAUGCUAUCAAACAUUACAUUACAUUACAUGUCAUUUAGCAGACGCUUUUAUCCAAAGCGACUUACAAUAAGUGCAUUUCAACCUAGAGUACAAACUAAGAACAACAAGAAUACAGGAAGUAACAUUUCCUCAACAUAGUCGAACUACAAAAGUACCAUAAAUGGUGCUUUCCUUGGUGAGCCUUUGCGCCGUGGAGGUGGUGAGGGACCACAGCUCGUCACCCUGCUGGCUGAGGUGGGUGCCCCGGGAGCUGUACAGACCGCUGCUGGAGGCCUCGUUCACCGACUGCAGACCGCUGGCUGUGGGCGAACUGGUGCAGAGGUGGCCUGAACGCACAUUGCGUGUCGGCGGACGCAGGAAACCAAACCAAACCGGGCCAAAUCGACUCUGUAUCCAGGCCCUGUUACUCGCCGUUGUCAGAGGAAUGUCAGACCAAAGGUAUGCCCUGCAAAUACUGGAUCUCUGUGGACUGCAGGGCGAUGAAGGAGGGAUGGGAGACACCAUGGGAGGCUGGUCUCUGACUGUAGCACUCUGCACCAUGGUGGUUCAGGCCAGAGCGAGAGCUCAGAGGGCACAGCGGGAGAGGAAAAGGUUCUCGGCUCUGGAGAGGGGAAAGGAUGGGAAGAGAGAGAGGGGACGCCGUAAGAGGGGGAAGGAAACGAACGGCGACGUCGCAAGCCCAGAUGGCGAGGAGCUGGGAGGAAAUGACAGCGAGGAGAUGGAAUCGUGUGGGACCGUGAGUGAAGAGGAGCUGAUUAAAGGCGUCAGGAGGAGGAUGGAGGUGGAGAGGAGAAGAGAGAUUGCCGGGUUAGGAGGCAGUAGAAAGGAGGCCGAAGAAAAAGACGUCGGCAGCGACGUGUUGCUGCACGUGAGAGCGGAUCUUUUUGUCAACGCUCGCUCGUGGGAGCGUUUCCGCGGGGCUCUGAGCACAGUGGGACCCCUGAAGCUUCAGUGCAGAUACCUACGCGUGGAAGAGAUUUCAGUGACUCGUAUCAAGACCCUGCUGGGCCUCCUGCCCCGCCAGGGUCUUCUGGGCAUUGACGUUCGCUACAGCAGCCUCGGGGUGGCUGGCUUGGCCGAGCUGCUGCCACUGCUCUCCACCUUCCCUGCGCUGAACUCUCUCCGCCUCCACUACUGCAACUUGGAUUUUCGCAGAGACCACCCCGGCCAGGAAGAUGCCCUGAGGGAGUUGUCUCAGGGUCUGUCGCAGCUACAAGAACUGCGACGCCUCAGCCUCACUGCACUGCGCUUGCCUGGGCAACUUCGUGUGCUGCUGAGCUCACUGCCUCAGCCUUUAGAGAUACUGGAGCUGCCAUAUUUGAGCCUGAGCCCAGCGGACCUCGCCUAUCUGUCCUGCAGCCAUCAUGCUUCCACACUGCAGCAGCUGGAUCUCAGCGAGAACCGUCUGGAUGAAAACACCCUGACCUCUAUUCGCCGCCUCCUCUCCCAGGCUUCCAGUUGCCUGCAGCACCUCACUUUAAGCGGCUGUGGCCUCACUGACGGCCUGAUGGGCCUCUUGCUGCCCUCAGUGGGAGGCUGCAGGGCCCUCAAGAGCUUGGCGUUGGCCCUGAACCCUCUCUCCAUCGCUGGCCUCAUGGACCUGGUGAGGAUGGCCGUGAGAAUGCCCUCGCUCCGUCAGCUACUGUACCCCAACCCCCUGGAGGACUACCAGCCGGGCCUUCCCGACCUGCCCUCCAGUGCUCAGCUCUUAGACUGGCCCCUCGAUGAAGUCACAGACAUCAACAUCACCAGCAGUCAGCUCAACAGGGUGCGGCUGGAGAGCGGGCGGUCGGACCUCUUUCUGACAUGCGACCUGCUCAAUUAUGAUAAAGACUUAGUGGACUAGAGCAGAGGUGAUGAGGGGGAUGUGGGUGUUCUUUUUUAUGUUUACCAUUACAUAACAGAGAAAUGUACAUUCAUUUAUGUCAUUCAUAAAAUUGGUCUAGCAUUCAAUUAUCAGUUUUUUGCUUCUUCUUUAUUCCCAUCUGUCUUGUGACGGUCUCACAGGGUAGCCAGAGUUCAUGGUGAUGGGGUUUAGGGAAGUCAUCGUGUCACCAAAGCAACAGGUUUGUUAUUGUGGUGAGAUCCAGAGUCCUCUGAGGAUUCAAGAACGAGACGUUUUUUAUUUUUGUUUGCAAGACAAAAGGAUAAAAACCUUUACACCAUAUGCAUCAAAGAAAUGUUGCUAAACUACUUUAAUAUAGGUCACUUGUUUACUUUAUAAAUGGUUCUGUACCCAGUGCCACUUUUGCUUAAUAAUCAGGUUAACGGGAUGUUUGGGAUUAUAACUGUCACUAGUUAAUUCAUACAGAUAUACAUUUGCAUACUGUGCAGUUUGUGUGUUUGCUAAAUAUUUACAUUGUCUUUCCUUCAUAGGAAAUGAAUGUAACUGCAAAAUAUUGAGGCUUAUUUUACUUAUUUUAAUACCGAGCAAUUACUUGACGUUCUCACUCUUUGUGCUUUUCUCACUUACAUAUUUGUCAUACUGUAUUUCUGGUAUUAUCAGGAUUAUUUUGCUUUAUUUCUCUCGGGUCAAAAGUCACAAAUCGCCAAUUAUCAGGAUAAGCAUGUAUCAAAUUACUGUUGUACCACAUGAAUGCGUUUUCCCUUUUGUCAGCUCCAGAAUAAAAUCAGUCAGAAAGCAAAGUU